UACCAAAUCAAUUGGUAUACUUCAAAAUUGUUACAAAAUAUCAAUAAAAUAGUAAAAUAAAACUUAAUAAAUUAUGCUAUGCUAUUUCUUCAAGGCGUUCAAUAGCUUCUGGGCUUAAUAAUAUUUCACCAUUAAUAUUGAAACACUUACCUUCCUGUGCUCUUGAUUUCCAACUCAAUGUGCUAAAUUACAUCUUAUCUACCAACAAAAUUUCAUCAUCUUGGACAUCAUACAAAAUUAUUCCUAUUCCCAAAUCAAAUUCUAUUACUGCAUUUUACUCUAUUGAUCUUUCCUCUACACUACGUAAACCUUUUGAAAAUAUUCUUAAAACUCGGCUUGAUUGGUGGUUGAAAUAUUAUUCCAUAUUACCACCUGAUCUAUUUGCUUUUAGGAAAGGCAUGGGCACCAUGGAAUGCCUUUUUACAUUUAUAGGUAAUAUCUAUCACUCUUUUAAUGUUAAAGAAUGUUUUGUUGUCAUUUUUGUAGAUAUUUGUGGUGCCUUUGACUCUGUUCAUAUUCCUACUUUAGUUUCAAACUUUCCUCCAUUGGUUUACCUCUUACCUUCUGUAAUAUUAUUCUCUCCUUGUUUUCUAAUAAGAGUUUAUCUUUUACUUCCUCUUUUGGUUCACAAUGCUCACAUACUACUUCUUCCGGUCUACCACAAGGAAGCUGCCUUAGUCCGAUUAUCUUUGAUAUUUAUAUGAGCAAAAUUGCAAAUCACCUUUCCAGUCUCAGCUAUAAUUGCCUUAUUUAUGUGGACGAAAUUAUUGUCUUCUCUUCCAAUUAAGUUUUCAUUGAAUCCCUUAAUCUCACUCUCAUUGAACUUAAUAAUAUUUUUACUGACUUAUUCUUUUCUGUCGCUUAUGACAUAUGUAAAUCUGUCAUUUUUAUUAGACAUUGGUAUUUUAAUCCACGAAUGUAUAUUUCGAUAAUAAUGUUAUUCUUUUUGUAGAUAAUACCACCUAUUUAGGUAUUACUCUUGACUCCAAAUUACACUGGCUACCUCAUAUUAUAUCUUUCAUUUCUUUUGGUUCAUGUUGGGCUAAUUUUCUUAGGGUUAUCACUGAUACUUGGUGGGGCUCUCACCCUUCAGAUCUUCUGUUAAUUUAUAAAUCCAUUAUACAUUCCAAAUUUGACUAUGGCUGUGUCCUCUUUAGUUCAGCAUAUUUUUCUAAUUGGAAAAGACUGAACAAAGUUCAAAGCUCUUGCUUAAGAUGCAUCAUGGGCUAUGUUAGAUCUCAACUGUCCCAACUAUAGAAGUAGAAUCUUUAUGCCUUCCUUUAAAUAUUAGAUGUCGCUGGCUUGCAGGCAAGUUUCUUCUUAAAUCCCUAUCUUUUUCUAGCUGUCCAAUUUUUGAUACCUUGUAUUCCUUGUUCCUAAACUGGCGUUAUAUUUCUAAGUCUCUUAUGUAUCUCUAUCCAGAUUAUAUAUCAUACUGUUCAAUUGUUUACGCAUUGGACAUUAUUUUUUACCCUCCCAUGUUUAUAAAUUAAACUUAAAUAAUUCCCCCUUUUGUACGAUUCACUUGGACGAAUGCCUCUACAAUUUAUUGCAUAUCCUUUUCGAUUGUCUUUCACUCCCUAUAAAAUGUUCUCAUUUAAUUUCUUCUCUCAAUUCCUUAAGCAUCCUCUUUAAUCUCUCUUUUAUUUUAAACUCCAAUUCUGAACAAGUUGUUACUAUUACUUAUUGUUUCUUUUAUCCAGGAGGCUAGCUUUGUCAUUUGAUCUUUUUUAUUAUCUAUUUAUGUUUUAUAAUUUAUUUAUAUCAUUAUAUAUAGGUAUUUUAGUUAUAUUUUUUUAUUUUUCUUUAUACAGUGUGUAAUCGGUUGUUAGAAACACUCUAUAACUUAACAAAUAUUAAAGAUAUUUGAAUUCUGUUUGUUUGUGGUGCUUAACAAAGUUUGUUAUAACUUAUUAAAGUAAUUAAACAAUUUUUAUGCCAUUUCAUUUCGCGCAUGUAAAUAGGCCAGUGCAACUACUAUUGUUUCGUAUUUGCUUUACAGUCAUAUUUUACGAAUUCACGCGUGUUUAUUAAACGAUAGUGAAAUUACAAUAAAUAAUUUCAUAAUUGAAAUAGCUUGUUACUUAAACAAAAUAUGAAUAAUUUAGAAAAAGUUGAUAUGCUUUUUGUUUACUGGGAAUGUGAAAAAAAUUCACGUCUGGCUGCACGUGCUUAUGCUGAACGUUACCCAAAUAGGCAACACCCGUCAUACAGUUAUUUCCAUAAGUUAGAAAGGAAUUUAAGAAAUACUGGUUCUUUUUCUAACACUAGAGUUAUAGCCAACCAACAACCUAUACAAGUUAACGCAUUGAGGGAAGAUAUUGAGCUUCGAGUGCUGGCGUACGUAAGAGCAAAUCCCAGAGUUAGUACGCGUCAUGUCGGCUUUGAAAUAGGCAUUUCUCAUAAUACCGUUCAUAAAAUUUUAAAAAAACAUAAAUUUCAUCCAUACAGGCCUGAUUUAACUCAACAUUUAAGCCAAGGUGAUGAUGAGCGUAGAAUUAUGUUUAUUUCUUGGUUGGUAACUCAAUUAGAAAACAAUCCUUUUAUUUUAAAUUACAUAUUAUGGACAGAUAAAUCCAAAUUUACCAACAACGGAGUAAUGAAUAAACAAAAUAAUCAAUAUUGGGACACUCAAAAUCCCCAUUGGGUUUUUGAAACAAAUAAUCAAUGUAUCUGGGGAACAAAUGUUUGGUGUGGUUUGAUUGGAGGUAAAUUGUUGGGACCUUAUUUCUACGACGGUACAUUAAAUGGAAGACGGUAUUUAGAAUUUAUAAUGAAUGAGCUACCGAUCAUGCUAAACGACAUUCCUCUUGCAACAAGAAACAAUUUGAUUUUGCAACAAGAUGGAGCCCCGACACAUAAUGCAAAUGUCGUGAAGAAUUAUUUAAAUGAACAUUUUGAAAAUCGUUGGAUAGGAACUAAUGGUAUACUAAAGUGGCCACCUCGAUCCCCAGAUUUUACACCACUUGAUUACUUUUUGUGGGGACAUCUAAAAACUGUUGUCUAUGCAAACCCAACUACUAAUCUCAUUGAUUUGAAACAAAAAAUAAUUGCGGUGUGUAAUCAACUUACUGAAGGGCAAAUUUCAUCAGCAACAAAUAAAGAAUUUCUACGGAGGACAGAAGCGUGUUUAAAUUGUAAUGGAGAGAAGUUUGAACAAUUCAUAAGAUGACGAAUAAAUGUAAUUUUGCAAUAAUAAAAAUAAAAUUAAUUAAUAUUGUUUUUUUUUUUUAAUCGCCUGAGAUAAACUUAAAAAAAUAGUUGCUUUAGGGAAAGAGGAUGCUUUCCAAAAGUAGUUACUAAAAAUAUCACUAGAAGAUAUCAUGCGGUGCUAAAAGGAUUAACUAUUUAAGCCAUAAAAUUGAUGAAUAAUUCAAAAAUGUCAAAAAAUAAUAUCAAUCACUGAAAUAUCUAUAACUCAGCUAUUUUUUAACAUAGGAAGUUGGUUUUACCA